AGAGACACUCACUUCUCACAUGCUCUGCUGCUGGGUACAAAAUCUAAUCCUAGACUUGAGAGAAACAUGUGAAUUCUGUGGUGUUUAUUCAUAUCGACAUUUUGGAAUAAAGCGCUCAGAUUGGAUGUAAAAGGACUACAGCCUGUUUGGUCUUCACUGCUGAGAUUAUGACGUCCCGGAUGGUCAUCUUUCUCCUCUUUUGCUACGCUUGUGUUACCAGCAGCCAAUGUGAGAAAGUCUCUUUCACCUCCAAAAACUUCAUCAAUAUCCUGAGAUGGGACGCUGCAGAACCAAAAUUUCCAGGAGAGACGGUCCGAUACAGUGUGUUGUAUAGCAGUGCCAUUGACACUGAUGAGGAGAUAUUCCAGAUGAAAGCUGAAUGUCAGAACAUUACAGAGCAGUGGUGUGACUUGACCCAAGAGACCCCAGCCGUCUAUGAUGUCGACUACAGAGCCAAGGUUAUGGUUGGCAACUCAGAUUAUGGCCAGACCAGAAGAUUCAGACCUAUAGCUGAAACUGUUUUGGGUGCUCCAAUCGUAUCUCACAACAUAAACAGGACUGACUUACAUGUGACUGUCCAACUUCCUCUAGGACCAAACAAUGAGUCUAUUACAGAAAUCUUCAGAAAAAAUAAAGUGGGACCGUCUGAAGCAUUGGCCGUUUACAAUUUGAUUAUUACAGAACCUGUAAUGGCAGCACAGGAGCUCGAAAGCACUUCAGGGCACUUUGUUGUCAGUUUAAAGGGUGAGCAGAUGAAGUACUGUGGCUAUGUGGUGUAUAAGCCUGCAAAGGAAUGGGGACGCCCGCUGAGUGAAAACACUUCCUUCUGUGUAACACGACCAGCUCAUUCUGAGGGACCCUGGACCAUCCUGAGUGUACUGAGUGUGAAUGUUCUGGCAGCUGUUGCGUUGGUGACAGUGUUUUGUGUAAAGCGCUACGUCACAGAUGUGAAGAAAAUCCCGCCAAAGUCACUGGUCUUCAAACCACAACUGAGUGAUUCACAUAAAGUCAUUAUCAAUCCAGAGGAGGAUAACAACGUUUCCAAACUGGAAAUUUCAACAAUAAAUGAAAAGACAGAGUAUGCCAAGAUCCAGCGGACGGCACCUGUUUCGUUUGUUGGGGAUGGAGAAUAUGGACAUUCAAAUAAAAUACUUAGUUGGCCAGAAAACGCUUUUGACAGAGCAGUUGGAGCUCAUAGUCCAGGGCUACAUUACCACUGUGACAGCGCUGGUUCCUCUGUGAUUUACGGUGGUGUAGCUUUUGCAGAGAAUGGAGAGUGCCACCAGCUUCAGACAGACCAAGCUCAGGAAAAUACUUCGUGGAUAUCCAGUAAAGAGGGUCUGGUCAAAAGUGGAUCUUUACUGCCAUCACUACAGACAAUUACAUUGUCCAAUGUAGAGUUUUAUGAAAACAGUGAAGCUCAGCCAUUAUUGCUGCAGACACAGAGGAACAGUGAAGGACAUCUCAUGUUGUCGGUACAAGGAAAAGCCCCGUUCAGUGAAACUACAGACUCUACUGUCUGUCCACAGAGGAAACCUCUUCUAUCCUACCUCACAGUCGCCUCAGACAAGGUGAGCAACUCUCUGCACAGUUUGGACAGUUCAAUGUGCUCCGACUUCGGGUCUGAUGAAAACACUCUGCCAACACCAACACAGGACUACAGUAAUGGUCCCUACUUAACUCAACCACAUUUUACCAAUUUCAGUCCAGACUCACCCAGCUCUCUGUCCUGUGACAGUGGCACGUACGAUACUCCCUAUAAACAAAAUGGGAUGUCCUCUAUCAUCAGUGGAACUUCUAACAUAAAUUAUGCUUGGACCUGGUCUGGUCAUAAAGAGAAAAGCAAGGAAGCGGAUUAAGCUUUGGACAAGGAGUCAUGUGUAUUGGUGUAGCAAUACAACAAUACAAUUGUGUAAUCAACUAUGUUGAGAAAUGUGUCAUCAACUAUGUUAAGAAAUCGUAACUAUAUUUUGUAAAUUUAAAAAAAAUUAAGGGUUCUGAUCAGUCCACAAAGAACAUUCCUAAGAAUUUACCUUUGUGUAUAGACCCCUGUAAAAUGUCACAUGUUUUCUGUUUCUGUGUAAAUACCAAAGAAGACAAACUGUAUUUUUAUUUUGACAGUUCAAUACCACUGUCUUUUAGACAGACCUUCUCAUUCAAUGUUUUUUCAUUUUGUUCACUACUUUCUACAUUGUAGAAACACUUUGAAGACCUAAAAUAAUGAAGUAAUAUGUACAUAUAGAAUUAUUUAGCAAAGAAAAAAAGAAAGCUAAAUCUAUCUAAAUAUGCUUUAUAUUUUAGAUUCCGGUUUCUCGCAGGAGCCACCCUUUGCUCAUUAUAAACCCUUCUGUCAGUGAGCUUUAUAAUAAAGUCACCUGAAGUGGUUUUCACUUCAUAGAUGAGCUUUGUCAGGGUUCAUUAGUGGAGUGUGCAAAGCAAAGGGCGGCUUUUUUAAGAAUCUAAAUAUUAUGAGAAGAGCAAAUAUUUAUCCAAACCUGUGCACUACAGGGAUCAUAUAUGUUAACAGUAAGGCAAGUAGGGACAUGAUCUGCUCUGUCGUCUUACAAUACUGGAUAUGCAUGCUGUUACCAUGACAACAUAUUAAGCUGUGUGCUGGCCUUUGCGAUAAGAUAACUCAUGUCCCACAUAGGAAGGUAAUAAAACACGUGUCCACUGUCAUAAACACCAUCAUCCCAUAACACUUUUGUAAAAUAUUGUAUUUUGCUUGAAACAGUUUUUUUAAAUUUUUUUUACGCCAAUCCCAAACGCAUUCCUCUUAACCUCGUAAAUUUCAUGAACCUGCUUUAUUAUUUUGUUAAUUUGAUAUUUAGAAUGAGAAAUGUGUAAUAUAUUAUAACGAAGGGUUAAAGUUUAACCCGAGCAGUGAUGAUAACAGUUGUUUGAGAACAUCGUCAUAUAAACCUUGUGGUAUAUUUGUAUCAGCUGAGUGGAAAUCUACUAACCUAUCUAAUCUAUUACCAGGCAUUUAAAGGGCCCAUAUUACAUUAUUUAUGAUCUGUUAUAAUGUUGUUUCCUCAUCGCAAACAUAACUGGAAUUGUUUGGUUUCACGUGUUUAACACACAAAGACUGAGUUCUUCUCUCAAACUGAAAACACUCUCUUCUACCUUAUGAUAUUGUGUGGUAAUAUGGGAAGUGCUCCACUGUGUUUUCAAAUUCCAUACACAAGAAUCAUUCACAUGUGUGAAUGAACCAAAAUACAACCUUGAGCAUGUUUUUGAUGUGGUAACAACAUUCUAACAUGGUUUUAAGAAUCCAUUUUGUGUAAUAUAAUACAUUUAAUGAAAAACAGUGGUUCUCAUCCCAGUUCUAUUUUAAAUUUGUAUAGACCUGGGUCAUAAUUUACUUCAGAGCUGGAUAUUUAAGUCUGGUUUUAGACAUGAGCAUUCUGUCUUUGAAUUUGAUGUGCAAUGUUUACAAACCACUUGAUUGUAUAAAUUGUCUGUCCUGUUUUGUGGCUUUCCCUACAAAUGUUAAAGGUGCACUGCGUGACUUUUUGAUUGAGGGUCUGUCACCUGUGUGUUUCCAUGGAUAUGUCCUUGCUUUUCCGGGAAAGUUCCACAGUAUGACAUCAAACAGCUCCACCUUACACUUAUUCACUUAAAGGUGUUUUUACUGCUCAAAAAUACCUAGAAAAACAGGAAUUCUGCCUGUGAGCGGGGUUGCCUCUCCAAAGAUCUGACCUGUAACUUGGUCUGGUUUGGCCUCUGUGAAGAAAAAAAUGAUUUAAUACCACCAGUGAAACAUUCCAGACAAAGCAAUAACACUUUCAUGGAGAAAAGUAUUUGACAGACCCUCCAUCAGAAAAGUAUCACAAUGCACCUUUAAAGUGAAUUCCCCAAAAAAACAUCUGAAGUGUAUAAAACUUUUUUCUUAUGUUUAGUAUAUCUUGUUUUUGUGUUUAUGAAUACAAACUUCACUAUGUAUGGUAAGCAUAUGUAUUUGAAAUAAA